GGCCGAGGGAAGCGGAGCUCCGCAGCGCCCUUCCCACCCCCCGCCCUCCAAGUUGCUAGGAUGGAGGGUGCACGUAAGCGCCUGCCGUCAUUAGGACUCGCGGCCGCCCUUUCGACUGCUGCGGAUCGGGAGCGCGCCUGGCUGCCUUUGCCAACCCUGUGUACUGUCUUGUAAGGUGGCUUUCCCACCCCGGCCUUAAUUGUCGCCCGCGAGUUUCUCCGUUCAGCGCGGCAAGUAAGGCCGGGAGCAAGAAGCGAGGGCGGGGCCGCCGGGCAGGACCUCCCGACAUCGCACACGGCUUCACCGUCCCCUCCGCUGACACCGCUGCCUCCUGUCUGCGGGUUGCGCUCUCGGAUGCUGGACGGCGCAGCCUGGUCUCUGUCCUCUCCGUGAGCCUCCGUCCCUGGCGCGGUAAACUUUGAGGGAAUAAGCUCGGAGCGAAAGGCAGCUCGGCAGGUCUUGCCAGCGGGCUGCUCCGAGGAUGGAACCGGCCGCGUACGGAGCUGGCAAAGCCGGAGGCGCCUUUGACCCCCAGACCUUCAUCCGGCAACCUCACACGAUCCUCCGGAUAGUUUCUUGGCUUUUUUCCAUUGUUGUGUUUGGCUGCAUUGUGAAUGAAGGCUAUAUCAACCAACCCAACACACCAGAACAGUUCUGCAUCUACAAUCGCAACCAGAAUGCCUGCAACUAUGGAAUCACCGUGGGAGUCCUUGCAUUCCUCACCUGCCUUCUUUACUUAGCGCUAGAUGUCUACUUCCCGCAGAUUAGCAGUGUCAAGGAUCGCAAGAAAGCUGUGCUUUCAGACAUUGGAAUAUCUGGCUUUUGGGCGUUUCUCUGGUUUGUUGGUUUUUGUUUCUUGGCUGACCAAUGGCGUGUUUCGAAGGAAGAGGAUAGUCCACUGAAUGAAGGAUCAGAUGCAGCCCGAGCAGCCAUUGCCUUUUCUUUUUUCUCCAUCUUCACCUGGAGCUUCCUGACUUUUCUGGCCUUUCGCAGACUUGGAGAAAUUACUUUUCAGGAAGAAUACAGCACACUGUUUCCUAAUUCUUCACCAGUUCUCCCCUAAACCCUAAAUUGACAUAUCAGAGAGAAAAUGUUUAGAGCAAAUAUUUCUGAUGCUUAAAGUGCAAGGAAGGAAGAAAAAAAAGGAUAAAAUAGGGCAGGUCCAGGAAAUAAAACAGCAUGUUUUGGAGAAGAAAGAAAAUUCUAGAAACUUUGAGAUACUUAAGGAAAUAUUUGAGGUUGUCUUCUUUUGAAGCCUCAAAUAGUUGAAAGUAGAAUAUGUCCUAUUCAAUUUUUUUUCUUUUGCUUCUUUUUCUACCCUCAGUUCUAGAUAACACCAUUGUGCCUCUUUGGUUCACUUGGUUAACAAUUUUAACACUAAUAACAAUGUAUUUUCUAUUUCUGCUCACUCUCAUAUAGCCACAACUUGCUCUUCUGUUGUAUAACCUACAUGUUGAUGGUAUCAGAAGGCAGUUUAGAAACUGCAACAGCUUCCCACACUCUUUCUUCAGCGUUGUUUACUAAAGACUAUUUCACAAACAAGAGAUUAUGAUGGAGCUGGACCUCUUAUAACCACUACUUUGAUUAAUCUUGAAAAUAUGGUUCGCCUUUAUUUCUACCUGACAACUUCCAUAAAUCUCCAGAACUAAUAGAGGGGGAGUUGCAUGGAUAUGAGAUGUCCCUGGAAAGCUAAUAUUGUUUCAAACUCUACCUCCGUAGCCCAGUCAGCAUUGAAAAGCUUGGCUGUUUAGCCUUGUAUGAUCCUUCUGUUACCUGUCUCAGGUAUAUAAAUAUGAAAUAUUGAAUAUGAAAGAGGUCCGACUAAUGCCUUCCACAUACUUGAUCUGGCCUUAUUGGGUUUGGAUAUGCUUUACAAAAGCAAUCCAGAACCAUAUCUUCUACUGUAGCUUUAUUUUCACCAGUCUUUUAUCCAAGUAAAUAAGCCAUAGGAUCUCUCCUAAAAGUUUAUUCUUCCCUUGCUUACCUCUGCAGUUUCUUGCUUGAACUCGCUUGUCUUGGUGAGCUGUACCAGAUCAUCUGGUGUUAGAAUGUAUUUGCAUUUAAUUAAGUAAUUGCAACAUGUCCUUUUUCCCUAAUUUAUGUCUUGUGCACUAACCAUUACUAACACAGCUUCUAUUUGUUUCUUCCUGGUAUGUUUCUCUCUUUUGUUUUGUUUUUCCAUCCCAUUUUCCAAAAUCUCCCCCAUGCCGUCAUAUCCUCCCUUAAAGGUGGCCCAGGCUUUUCUGGCAUUCCAGCGAUAUCAACUUGGAGCGGAUUCAGCACUCUUCUCCCAGGACUACACAGA